UUGUGUCUCUUUCUGCUUUCCCGGAAAAUGGAUCUAUCCUCUUCUCUCUCUUUAUAUAAUAUUAUCAUAUCAUAUCCAAUUUCAUUAUUUAUCUCAUGAUCAAGUGGGUUAUUCGGGUUCUCUGAGAUCUACUCGCAGCAGUGAACGAAGACUGCAGGUGAGCAGGAAAGCGUCAAAAUUUCAGAACCCUAGCUACUUUGUACGGUCUUUAUUUGAUAAAUUCAUCUUCAAUAUCUUCAUCGGCAUUCAUCAGAUCCAGGGAUUGGCGAAGUCUGAGGAGGCAGCGAUUGGAUCAAUCACGGAUCAUUAGGCCCUUUUGUCCACAGGUCUUCAAGAAGUUUGUCAUAUAUUGGGUUGACUUUCAGUCAUGUUUAGGACUUAAAGUCAUGAGUAAAAUUGGUAGUGGGGAUAGAAUGAAAAUGCAAAGGCUGUUGGUUUAAUUCAAAAUAAAACCAGAUUGGUGUCUGAUGGUUAAUGUGAGAUAAAGGGCUAGCAUACAAGGAGAAGCUAUUGUUCAAUUGUUGAGAUUGCAAUCCACAGGCUCAGUUUUUUAACCAGCAGAGUUCUAACAAGUGAAAGUUGAUUAUUGAAGCAGUUGACUUUUCUAUGAAUGGCUGGUGAUGGAUGAGUUGUUCACUUUUGAUACCAAAAAACUGGUGGCGGACAGCAAUGCAAUUAAUAUAUGACUUAGUAACGAAUGUUGCAACUUCAAGGUCUAAUAAUUUUGUGAACCCUUAAUGUUGGAAGCGAUGAACAACAAAAUGGAGGCAGAGACAAUGAAUGCUAACCACCUGCCUUCAUCUCUUCUUCGAUCCCUUCAUGUUAUUGCACCUACGCUUAUGAUCUCAGUGGGAUACAUUGACCCAGGAAAGUGGGCUGCUACAGUUGAAGGUGGUGUGCGGUUUGGAUUUGAUUUGAUGGCAUUCAUGCUUGUCUUCAAUUUUGCUGCUAUCUUAUGUCAGUACAUAUCAGCUAGGAUUGGUGUAAUUACUGGAAAAGAUCUUGCAGAGAUUUGCAGAGAUGAGUAUGGUGCAUGGACAUGCAUGUUCCUUGGAAUCCAAACGGAACUUUCAGUGAUUAUGCUAGACCUUAAUGUGAUCCUGGGCAUGGCUCACUUAUUAAAUCUAAUUUUUGGGUGGGACUUGUUCACCUGUGUCUUGUUGGCUGCCACUAGUGCUGCUUUUCACCUGCUUCUUGCCAUCCUUCUUGAGAAUGGGAAGGCAAAAGUCCUGGGCCUGUUUAUUGCUGGUUUUGUUCUGCUUUUUGUUGCUUUCGGGGUAAUAAUAAAUCGACCUGAGAUUCUAGUAUCCACAAGUGGAGUACUAACAAAGUUGACUGGGGAGAAUGCAUUUGUGCUUAUGAGUCUUUUGGGAGCAACUCUUGUACCCCACAACUUUUAUCUUUAUUCCUCUGUUGUACAGUGGCAUCGGGGAUCAAUAAACUUCUCUAAGGAUGCUAUGUGUCAUAACCAUUUUGUAGCAAUCUUUUGUGUCUUCAGUGGCAUUUAUUUGGUAAACAAUAUGAUUAUGAGUGCUGCUGCAAAUGAGUUCAAUGGUACUGGUCUUGGUUUGCUUCCUUUUCAAGAUGCACUAUCAUCGAUGGAACAGGUGUGGCAAGGUCCAAUGGCACUAUCUGCUUUUCUUCUCUUUUUGUUUAUUUCAAAUCAGACCACAGCAUUGGCAUAGUUUAGGGGGGAAGUAGUUGUACAUAGUUUUUUGAAACUAGACAUUCCAGGCUGGCUUCAUUAUGCUACAAUCAGGGUGAUUGCUGUUCUUCCUGCCCUUUAUUGUGUUUGGAGUGAAGGUGCUGAAGGGAUGUAUCAACUGCUUGUAUUCAGUCAGGUCGUGGUAGCUUUGCAACUUCCAUCUUCUGUGAUCCCCCUUUUCCGAAUUGCUACAUCUAAAUCAAUAAUGGGUGUUCACAAGGUCUCUCAAUUUGUGGAGUUUUUGGCAUUGAUAUUAUUUAUUGGAAUACUUGGGUUAAAUAUUAUCUUUGUCGUAGAAAUGAUAUUUGGCAGUAGCAAUUGGGCAGAAUCUUUGAGAUGGAAUGUGGCUGGUGGCAUGUCUGCCUCUUAUUCAGUUCUUGUUAUAACUGCCUGUGUAUCAUUUGGCUUGAUGCUUUGGCUAGCUAUCACACCUUUAAAAUCUGCGAGUGCCCAUUUAGAUGCUCAGGCUUGGAACUGUGAUGAGGCAGAGGCCAUACAAGUUUCACCAAUUGGGAGUCAGGAGUCGGACUUAACUGAAGCUAGAUGUCACAGAGAUGCACCUCUUGUGGUGAAGGAACCAUCUUCAACUGUAGCAAGAGACUUGGAGAUUUCAGAGCUUCAUGUGACUACAGAAGAAGAGAGUCAUUCAAUUACACAAUUGCCUAGUCCCCCAAAGCAUCUUGCCAAGGAGUUAGUUUCCACUUCAAAUUCAGAGGCAUUAUCAACUGUUGCAAAUGAGAUUUCUGAUGCUGGAUUGGUGGCCACCAAAACUGAAGAACUGGAAGCAAGUGCCCUUGAGAAGACUGUGGAAGUUGAGGCAGAUACAAAUGCUGAGAGGGAUGAUGAUGACGGGGACUCUUGGGAAGCUGAAGAAUCAUCCAAAGUGGCUAGCACAGAGGCUUCAUCUUCAACAUCAGAUGGUCCUGCGUCAUUCAGGAGUCUUAGUGGGAAAAGUGAUGAAGGGGGGAAUAGCAUUGGAAGUCUGUCAAGAUUAGCUGGCUUAGGACGUGCUGCAAGGCGCCAACUAGCUGAUACUCUUCAUGAAUUCUGGGGCCAACUGUAUGAUUACCAUGGACAAGCAACCCAGGAUGCAAGGGCAAAGAAAUUGGAUGUCUUGUCUGGUGUAGAUUUGAGAUUUUCCAGUUCCUUGCAGAAAGUAAAUGCAUCUGGAAAUGACUGUUCUGAGUAUGGAGCAUCAGUUGGAAGUAGAGCAUCAGAUACUUUGAUGAACUCGAGUCUUUAUGAUUCUCCCAAGUGUCCCAGGAUACAAAGUACUUUUGAACCUUUACAUAGCCCUCAGAGGAGUUCCUCAUCUUUUCAGGCAAACCGCCGAGAGUUUUUAGAUACAUAUGUGCAGAACUUGAGUCGCAAGGUUCUUGACUCUGGGGAGAGGCGCUAUUCCAGUGUGCGCAACCUGCAUUCAUCUGAGGUUUGGGAUAGUCAGCCAGCAACGGUACAUGGUUAUCAAAUUGCAUCCUAUCUUAGUCGAGGUGGAAGAGACAGAAUUCCAGAUAAUUUAAAUGGUCAAGGUGAACUGUCAUCAUUAAAAUCUCCUUUAACAGCCGCUAAUACAAGCUAUAGGGAUCCACUUACAUUUUCUUAUGGGGAAAACUUGCAAAAUGGUGCAGCUGCAGCUCGACCCCCAGGAUUUGAAAACAUCACAAUCUCUAGAAACUCCACAUUGCCAUCUGAGACAUCGCGCUAUGAUUUUCGCUUUCCUGGACCUGCAGAUAAUGUAGGCAAUUCAGUCAAUACAAAAAGAUACCACAGCUUGCCAGAUAUUUCAGGACGUGGUAUACCCCACAGGGAUGUUUAUGCUUCUAAUAAGAAUUCCCCGUUUGGGGGUUCUAUAUAUGGAUUUGCUGGAACUAGUUAUGAACCGUUGUAUUCAAAUUUGAGAUCCAGAAGAGGAGCACCUUUGCCCUUUGAUGAACUUUCUUCUUCAAAAGUUUACAGCGCCCUCCCAUCACAGUUGGGUUCUGAUUCUGAUUCUGGAUCUCUCUGGUCAAAACAGCCUUUCGAGCGGUUUGGUGUUGCAGAUAAAAGCCAUAAUGUUGGAAUGGAAGGUGCUGGAACUCGGCCUAGUUCAAUUUCACAAGAGACUGCUUCAAUUGUUGAUAUGGAAGAGGUGAAACUUCAGUCCUUCAGACAUUGCAUUAUCAGGCUCUUAAAAUUGGAGGGGUCUGAUUGGUUGUUUAGACAGAAUGGUGGGGUUGAUGAGGACCUAAUUGAUCGUGUAGCUGCAAGGGUCCUCUAUGAAGUUGAAACUAGGGAGACAAACUCCUCUAAUUUUUCGGUGACAUCAUUUACUCGCUGUGGGAAGGGUUGUAUAUGGAGAUCUGACUUGAUCAUAAGCUUUGGGGUGUGGUGUAUUCACCGUAUCCUUGAACUUUCACUCAUGGAGAGCCGCCCUGAGCUGUGGGGGAAAUACACAUAUGUACUCAACCUCCUCCAGGGUAUAAUUGAUCCAGCCUUCUCAAAGCGUCGUGAUGUGAUGCUCCCAUGCUCUUGCCUACAAAUUCCAGCAGAUUACCAGCUAAAGUCGAGCCCUACUUUCUCGAACGGAGUGUUACCCCCUCCCCCUGCUGCGAAAGGUGGCAAGGGGAAAUUGACCACUGCAUCAAUGAUGCUUGACCUCAUAAAGGAUGUGGAAACUGCAAUCUCUUCUCGUAAAGGACGCACAGGAACUGCUGCAGGCGAUGUAGCUUUCCCAAGGGGAAAGCAAAAUUUGGCCUCUGUUCUUAAACGCUACAAGCGCAGAUUAUCCAACAAAUCAUUUGGCUCUGAUUCACGCAGGAUUCUCUCUUCAGCUCCCUAUAAGAACUCGUAGCAUUUUGCCCUUGCUGCUUUGUGUUGCUAAACCAGAUUCUUGCUUUAGAUUCUAUUUCCUUGUAUGUUUUAUGCAUCGGAUAACGAUUGCUUUACGUAAUCGCAACAAAUGAAAGGGGGGGAAAUGGUUAGAUGUAAAA